AUGAAUUAAAAACGAUUUCAUGAGAGCAAUGCAAUUCCACUACAUUUAACCAAUCAAAUAUCAGAGGGGAUUCAUGGACUUGGGUACGAGAGAAGCUUCUCGUCUGAAUCAGAAGGAGGGGAGUAUGCUAGCUUAAAGAAGGAGGAUCAUAUUGGAUUUGAGGACGCUAGAGUCACAAAACUAUUAUUUGAGACUCAUCGUUUGAUUGAACAAGUGAGAUUGCAAUUGAUAUUGGUGAUAACUGUGAUACUGAUCAUCGAUUUUGAUGAUUAAUAUUUCAUAUAGGAUUGGGAGGAUGAUACGUUUUUGUGGUUGGUGUUGGCUUUGAAUUGCUUUUUGUUGCUGCUGACAUAUUUGACAUACAACAUGAAAUUUAAUUACUUGAAAGCCACUUAGUUGAUUCCGCUCAACCUUGGCUUUCAUAAAAGCGAUUUCUUUAAUCCCUUUUUAUUAGAAUUGUUGAUAUAUCUACCGAUUCCUAAUGUAUUUUCAAAAAGUAAGUUGAGUAUUAAAUUAGAUAUUCAGAUUGAAUUCACCCUGUAUCGAGUUGAAGGAGUGUUUUACUUUACUUUGAAUGACCUGCUAUUUUUGUGGACCUGUUUGAGAGGCAUAACCUUGAUGUUCAUGCUCCUGCGAUUGAGUCAUUUGUACAACAGUCAGGUGUAUAGAUUGUCCCUAUAUUUUGGAUUCAAAGUGAAAUGGAGUUUCACCUUCAAAUCAUUGGCAAACGAGGAACCAGUGCUCGUGAUUUCGACCAUUUUCAUUAUUCAAGCAUGCUUCCUCACUUUGGCAUUGUGGAUAGUGGAACGUCCGUAUAUGAGGGAGGAGAAUUCAGAUACAAUGCAAUUGUUGAAGCACUCCUUUUACGAGACCAUGUUGGCAUUGAUAAGAUAUUCUUAUGAGGAGUACGAACCAUAUACUGUUUAUGGUAAAAUGGUUCUAACACUUACACAAUACUCUGGUUUUGCUACUACUUCGCUGUUGAUUGCAGCCGUAGCAAAGCGGUUCUAUAUGAAAUCAAAUCAAUUCAACGCCUAUGUGUUACUUGCUCGAUUGGAGGCAUCUCAAUAGAUGCUGAUACUGACCUAGGCAAUUGGGGAACAAUUCUAUUACUUAAUGAAAUACCCCAUCAAUCCGUUUUCAAAUGCCAGGGCCAAAUAAUGCUUGGCCAAUUUGAAGAAGUUCUUUUAGAAGAGAAGGAAUUAUCAGAGAACAGUGGCUGAAUUGACUGAGCAACUAUUCAAUAGGAAGAUGAAGGAUUUCAAGUGUAUCUUGUAGGAUUAUGAGGAUAUCUGUAAAUUGAUACAAGAAUAAUAGAAAGAGAUUUAUUAAUGCUAUUCUGAUUAAUAAUAAUUGUUUUUAUUAUGA